AUGGGCGGAAAGGAGCGGCGGUGUCCGAGGCAGGAAAGUGUUAGCGCUAGAGGUCAAAGCUGUGGGAGAAUUGACAGUCAAAUAAUUUUACAGUUAGAAGUUGAAACGCUGUACUGGCGCAAGGUAUUUAAGAGAUGUCUAAUUGUCAUCCAGCACCUUGCUGAAAGAGGCCUUCUGCUGAGAGGCAAAGAUGAAAUUAUUGGCUCCCCCCAUAAUGGAAAUUAUUUAGGGAUAUUAGAAGAGAUGAGCAAAUUUGAUGCAUUUCUUGAAGAGCACAUCAAGCAUUAUGCUAACAAAAUAAAAGGCCACACAUCUUAUCUUUCCUCCACUGUCUGUGAAGAACUUAUACAAAUUUUGGGGUCCAAAGGGGGGUCCAAAGUUCUGUGUAAAAUUAUGGAUGAGUUGAAGAAAGUUAAGUUUUAUUCCAUAUCUGUAGAUUCUACAUUUGAUAUCCCACACUCUGACCAGUUAACCUUCAUUGUACGAUAUGUGUUACUAACAGGCUCUGUUGAAAGGUUUUUAACAUUUUUACCAGUAUUUGGUCACUCUGGCAAAAAAAUAGCUCAGCUAAUAUUGGAUUUCCUACAUAAGCAUAGAAUUGAUAUCAAAGAUUAUCGGGGUCAAUCUUAUGAUAACGCUGCCAACAUGAGUGGCAAGUACAAUGGUGUCCAAACUAUAAGGGAGCGAUGCUGUUACGCAUCAUUCAUUUCAUGUGCUGAACACUCUCUUAAUCUAGUGGGUAAAAACAGUCCAGAAUGCAACCAAGUUGUCUACACAUUUUUUAACAAUCUUGAACAACUUUAUGUUUUUUUUUCUUCAUCAUCUCCAAGAUGGAGACAGCUUGUGAAAAAACAGAAAGCUUUAGGUUUACCAGUUGUUAAGCAUCUUUCUGGUACCAGAUGGUCUGCACGAUAUAAUGCUGGAUCAGCACUUUACAAGGGUUAUGAGUCUAUAUGUGGUCUGUUAGAGUGCAUGUCCUCUGACACUGACUAUUCUUUAUGUAAAAAUGAAGCCUGCUCUUUGCUGGACAAGUUUUCUGAACUUGAUUCUACUAUUCUUUUAGUUUUUUGGAACACCAUUUAA